AUGUGCAAUCUCGUAACCGAAGGCUUCAAAUAUGCCUGUGGUCACUACAUCAUCGAACGCAAGAAGGACAAGGUCGACUGCAUGAGUCCGUACUGCACCCACUCGCGGCGGCACCGCAAUCCCUGCCCCAACUGUGCCUGCGACCGAUACUACGGCCCCGAUGCGUCAGAGACCGUCCUCGGUUUCCGCCCCGGCUUCUGCCCAGAGUGCAAACCUUGGUACAACGGCCGCAACGGUGCCCGGUAG